AUGAUCGUCCGCGCCCGGCUCGACGCGGACCGGCUCGCCGUGUGGCCGGCGGCCGACGCCAUGAUCAUCUGCCUGCCGGUGCCGGUGCCGAUGCCGCUGGGCUUCACGUCUCAGCACGUGCCUCUGUACUCGGGCCACCACCACCUGCCGAUGUGCGCCGGCGCGCCGUCCCACCUCCAGCCGUGCCAGAUGUUCUGCGGCGGACCGCACUUCGCCGGCACCUGCCAGGUGCCACAGAUCGGCGCGUGCCUGCCCGCCGUCGUCGGCGUGGGCCGCCUCGUGACAGUGCCACAGAUCGGCGCGUGCCUGCCGCCGCCGUACGCCGCGUUCCACGGUCAGGUGCCGCCCCAGGCGCACAUGAACGCCAACACCAUGGGCCAGGCCCACUUCCAGACACGGCCCCACCUCAACCAGCGGCCGGACAGCGACUUCCUGGCGGGGCGCUCCAACAUGGUGGCGCUGCCGCGGAUGAUGCCGAUGCAGCAGCAUGCCUCACCUCCGCCACACCAACACCAGCACCAGCACCCGGCGCCACCGCCGCCACCGCCUCCUCCGCCGCCGCCACCACCGCCGCCGGCCGCGCCGCUGCCGCGUCGCCACAUCCGCAGCCUGGUGGUGCCCACGUCGCACCCGACGCCGUACACGCCGUUCCUGCUGCAGUUCCUGGCGAUGCUGAACAGCCCGGGCAGCGUGUCGGCGUACGGGCCGACCGAGCUGCCGGCCGGUAACGCCGAGACGGAGAACUACGAGGCGCUGCUGACGCUGGCAGAGCGACUGGGCGAGGCCAAGCCGCGCGGCCUGAGCAAGGCCGAGGUGGACCAGCUGCCCAGCUACCGCUUCAACGCCGACACGCACAACUCGGACCUCACCUCCUGCGUUGUCUGCAUGUGCGACUUCGAGAGCAGGCAGACCCUGCGCGUGCUGCCCUGCAGCCACGAGUUCCACACCAAGUGCGUCGACAAGUGGCUCAAGACGAACCGCACCUGCCCCAUCUGUCGCGGCGACGCGUCCAGCUACUUCGCCGCCGCGUAGAGCGCGCGUCCGGCGCCGGCCGCGCCGACCGCCAGCUGUGACGCCCUGUCCGCCGCUUCCGCGCCGUGUGCUAGCUGUCCGGUAGCGCCCCGCCUGUGUGUCGUGUGCUACCGUAGCGUGCGGCCCGGGCGGCCCGCAGCGGCCCCCGCGCCGGCGGGGCGGCGCAGCGCUCCGCCUGCCGUCCCCGGCCCGCCUUCGCACGCAGCAUUCCACCCAACAACAUUGCAAUAAUCUCGCCCGAGUGUGUCACUUUUGUAACGUGUGCGCGGCGCCGUGCGGGGUGCGCCGGCCGCGCCGCCCGCACCUCAGCGCCGGCCGAGUGAGGCCGGGCGCCACCCUGCACUCCUUCCACCCCACCCCGGCCGGUCCGGCCCGGCCCGGCUCGGCCGCUGCCCACUGCAUAAUGCCCCUGUCAAUCACGUCUCCCGCGCUAAGUGUACAAAAGGCCUUAUGGCAGGAGGUGGGGAGUGAGUGGGCGUGUGACUGCUGAGGAAGAAAGUGGCUGGAUGAAUGAAUGAAUGAAUGGAUGGAUGAAUGAAUGAAUGAAUGAAUGAAUGGGUGGAUGCGUAGGUGGGUGGUGUGUGAAUGUGCGAUGAGUGGGAGGGUGUGCAUUGUGUCUUUGUGUCUGUGUGUGCUUGUGCGUUUGCCUGUGUGUGUCCACACGCGCGUGUUAGUGUGUAAUACGUAACAUCCAUGUAACUCAGGCGCUUUGUCAUGUCGUACCGCGUUGUGCUCAAGUCGUAGAUGCCGAUGGUCUUGUGUGCGUGUGUCCGCGCGGCCCGCUUGUCAGUGUGCCGUUUUGUUAGGUCACCACGUACUCCCAGUUCUGGGCGAUCGAUCUUCUGGUGCACACGCCGCCGUGGCCGCCGCCCACGCGGCGCAGCACGCUCGUGGCGUUCUGUUAGACGGGGUGGACGCGGGCGGUGCCGAUCUGGUCUUCGGUUGACCCGGGCGUGGCCUUUGCUCCGGGCCUGUCGGGUGCACUGGGAUUCUGGCGCGGGCGGGGCGUUAUUUUUAGCCUAAUUGCUUUGUUCUCUCUCUUUGGACGGGCUUGGCUGCCUUGUUACGUUUUAGAGCUUGCCGUCCCCUGGCCAACUGUGCCCACAAUCCCGCUCUCUUUUUACGGCACGAACCUCGCCGGCCCUCUGUCCGGAGGCGAUCAGCCGACCGCCCUCCGUCUCCACACUCCGCCGGGCGCUCUCCGCGGCGACCUGUGGCCCGGGUGCCGGGAUCGGCGCGACGCCCCUGGCCGUUCGCUGCCACGGCGCGUGCCGCCGGCCGCCGGCGACGGCGAGUGUGGCCCGAGGCGCGCCGGUCCCCGCCCCGUCGCCGGUCCCUGUCCCGGCCCGCCGCGCCGGCCCCGCGCCGCCGCUGCCGGGCUGCGUCCCUCUCCGUCUUCCGUCGUGUUCUCCGUGGGACCAACCGUGGGCGCCCCGACGACGGGCUGGCCGCACAGCCCUCCGCUGCACCCGGCCCUGCGCGCGCGCACUGUCUGUGAUCGUCGCUUUGUUGCCACUAACCAAAGGCCCGUGUGCGCCCCCCCCCCCCCCCCCACAGUGGCACGGGCAGGGUGCUCGCUGGUGGCCGAACUCUAGAUCCGGUUCCACCGACCCCGUUAUCUGUUGCCACGCGUAUGAUCUCUUGUUGUCCAGCGUGCCAUUAUAUUCUCUAAAGUCCAGUAAUGUUACGUGUAUACACGUCGGCGCCUAUUUUGCCUGUAGUUGUGUUGGCUGAGGUGUUUCAAGCGCUAGUUGGGGGCGUUACCGCAACAAUCGGUUUUGUUAGCAUCUCUUAUCGUAGGCACCGACAAAGUUCAUUUUAGGCACUGUCGCUGGUGGUUUGUUCGCUGGAAUCCGUUGUCGGCGAGGCCGGUGCGCGGCUGACCAGCCCGGCUAGUUCGUUACAGUUCAAUUUACCCAGUUAUCGUAUGCUGUUACGCGGCAGUUGAUUAACACAUGCGCUUAUGUCUGGGAGCAGCGCCGCCGCCUCUGCCUAUCCGCUGACUGGACUAGGGUAGUGCCAUAGACGGCUGGAGAGCAGGCGCUAUGCCGGGGCAGCCCGCUUCCCCACACCGCCCACUCCUAACCUACGUGUCUUGUGUGUAUCUACCAGCCAUGUGUCAAGUGCUAGCCAGAUUAUUGGGCAUUGAGGCGUUGCAGGAAGUAGAAGGCUUAAUUAUUCAUCCACAAAUUUUUCCAUUAAGCAAUCCCAUCAUGUGUAUUGUGCCUCAACUUUGUUAAAAUAAAUGGUGUGAAAAACAAUCU